UCAUUGGCUGUUGCUGGGAGUCAUCACAGAACUCCUCCUCCGGAACGCCUGGCUCUCGCUGCUGGGACCUGGUCCGGCCUGUGACAUUGGUGGGAUGGCGGCAGAAGAGCAGCCCCUUCUGGGCCGGGACCGAGGCAGUGGCCAGGUCCACUCUGGUGCUGCAGCCGAUCAGGAGCUCUGCAUAGACCAGGCUGUGGUCUUCAUUGAAGAUGCCAUAAAGUACCGUUCCAUCUACCACCGCAUGGAUGCUGGUUCAUUGUGGCUUUACCGCUGGUAUUACUCGAACGUCUGCCAACGUGUGCUGGGCUUCAUCAUUUUCCUGAUCCUGGUCUUGGCUUUUGUGGAGGUCCCAUCUUCCUUCACAAAGACUGCAGAUGUGCGCUACCGUUCCCAGCCCUGGCAGCCGCCCUGUGGCCUGACCGAGACAAUCGAGGCGUUCUGCUUGCUCGUCUUCCUGAUUGACCUCUCUGUGAAGGGCUACUUGGUUGGGCAGGCCCAGUUGCAGCAGAACCUGUGGCUGCUGGCCUACUUUAUGGUGCUGGUUGUGUCUGUGGUAGACUGGAUCGUUUCGCUGAGCCUCGCUUGUGAGGAGCCCCUGCGGGUGCGCCGGCUGCUCCGCCCCUUCUUCCUGCUGCAGAAUUCCUCCAUGAUGAAGAAGACCCUGAAGUGUAUACGGUGGUCGCUACCAGAAAUGGCCAGUGUCGGGCUGCUGCUGGCCAUCCACCUGUGUCUCUUCACCAUCAUUGGGAUGCUGCUGUUCACAAUUGGUGAGAAGGAUGAAGCACAGGACCAGGAGAGGCUGGCCUACUUCCGGAACCUUCCAGAAGCACUGACCUCACUCCUAGUGCUUCUGACGACUUCCAACAACCCUGAUGUGAUGAUCCCUGCGUAUACUCAGAACCGGGCCUUUGCUCUCUUCUUCAUAGUCUUCACCUUGAUAGGAAGCUUGUUUCUGAUGAACCUGCUGACAGCCAUCAUCUAUAAUCAGUUCCGUGGCUACCUAAUGAAAUCUCUACAGACCUCACUGUUCCGGCGGCGACUGGGGGCCCGUGCAGCCUACGAAGUCCUCGCCUCCAGGGCCGGGCCAGCUGGAACCACCCCUGAGUUAGUUGGGGUGAAUCCUGAGACCUUCCUGCCAGUGCUUCAGAAAACGCAGCUGAACAAAACCCACAAACAAGCCAUUAUGCAGAAGGUGCAGUCCUAUGAAGGCCGCCCAAUGCUGACUGAUGAGUUCCAGAAACUCUUCGAUGAGGUUGACAAAGGUGUGGCCAAAGAGCGCCCGCCGAAGCCCCGAUACCAGUCUCCAUUUCUGCAGACUGCCCAGUUCAUCUUUAGCCACCACUACUUCGACUACCUGGGGAACCUCGUUGCUCUGGGAAACCUCUUGUCUAUUUGUGUGUUCCUGGUGCUGGACUCAGACCUGCUGCCUGGGGAACGUGAUGACUUUGUCCUGGGGAUUCUUGACUACAUCUUCAUCUUGUACUACCUGCUGGAGCUGCUGUUCAAGGUGUUCGCGCUAGGCCUGCUGGGCUACCUGUCCUACCAUAGCAAUGUGUUUGAUGGCCUCCUCACCAUCAUCCUGCUGGUUUCAGAGAUUUGCACCCUGGCUGUAUACCGAUUGCCGCACUCAGGAUGGAAGCCAGAGCAGUAUGGCCCACUGUCACUCUGGGACAUGACACGAUUGAUGAACACACUGAUUGUGUUUCGCUUCCUGCGCAUCAUCCCCAACAUAAAGCCAAUGGCUGAGGUAGCCAACACUAUCCUGGGCCUAAUCCCGAACUUGAGGGCAUUUGGUGGGAUCCUGGUGGUGGCAUACUAUGUGUUUGCCAUGAUCGGGAUUAGCCUGUUCCGAGGUGUCAUCGUGCCUCCCGGAAACAGCAGCCUGGUUCCCAACAACUCAGCUGUAUGUGGAAGCUUUGAGCAGCUAGGUUACUGGCCCAACAACUUUGACGACUUUGCUGCUGCUUUGAUCACACUGUGGAACGUGAUGGUGGUGAACAAUUGGCAGGUGAUCCUGGAAGCCUAUAAGCGCUACGCAGGCCCGUGGUCAAUGGUGUAUUUUGUGCUAUGGUGGCUGGUGUCCUCUGUCAUCUGGAUCAACCUGUUUCUGGCUCUGCUUCUGGAGAACUUUCUCCACAGAUGGGACCCUCAAGGCCAUAAACAGCUCCUUGUUGGGACCAAGCAGAUGUCUGUGGAGCUCAUGUUCAGGGAUAUCCUAGAAGAGCCCAAGGAGGAGGAACUGAUGGAGAAGCUACACAAACACCCACACUUGCAUCUGUGCAGGUGACAUCAGAGUGGCUUCCUUGCUGGGGUGACAGGACAGAGAUGCUGGCCUGGGCCCAUGCUGUGGAGGAAGCAACUGGUUGAGGCGGAGCAAGAAAAGAUGGUGCCUGGGUCAGACCACUCAGAGACAGACGGAGGCUGAGACAAGGACUCAUCCUCUGUGGUUGCUCAGCAGUAGCCACGGUGUAGCCUUGGCAGACCAUUGGUUGGCACCACAGGGCCUCGUUCCUUGAUUUGCUGCUCCCCCAAGCUGUCUUGGUGAGACUUGCUAAGGAGAGAGAGUGACUUCCAAGGGUCCUUCCUCAAAGCCAGGAAGCAAGAAGGCCUCAGCUCUCCUUGAUACCCACAAACUUAUCUGUGCCUUCAGCCUCAGUGGCAUUUGUGAACCCAAGCCUGCACAGAACAGUAAAUGGCAGGUCUCCAGGACAUUGGGGUUGGUGUCAUGUGUAGAGAAUGUCACCUCUUUGUUUCAGUGCUAUGGAUGUGAUGGGGGUGUCCCAGGGGUGGGGAGGGUGAGGUCACAAUGUCAAUCAUUUUCUGUUUUAUAAAAAAUGAGAUCAUUCUUACUCUGACCUCUUUCUACUUCAGGGUGGUUGGUUGUGGGUUAUAUAGGUUGUGGGCUACACAAGAGCUCCAGGUUGUGAGGUAUGAGCUCCCACUUGUGAUGAAAAACAUCCCUUAGUAACAUGCACUUGUGAGCC